ACCGACCACAGCAAGCAGAGGCCGAAAUAAAAAGGAAAGAGGAGGAAAACCAAAGCUGCUACUUAUGGAAGAUAGAAAGGGUUUUGAAUUUAAGAGAUUUUGUCGCAAAAAUAUCUUGGCCAUCCUUGGCUUUUCCUCUAUCAUGGCUGUUGUAGCUUUGAUUGCUGUGGGGAUAUCCCAGCACAAACCUUUGCCAGAAAAUGCUAAGUAUGGGAUUGUGCUGGAUGCAGGCUCUUCUCACACAAGCAUGUAUAUAUAUAAGUGGCCAGCUGAAAAGAUGAAUGACACAGGGGUGGUGCAUCAAAUAGAAGAAUGCAAGAUACAAGGUCCUGGAAUCUCAAAAUAUGCCCAUAAAUUAGAUGAAAUAGAAAAUUACCUGUCUGAAUGCAUGGAAAGAGCCAAGGAAGUGAUUCCAUCAUCCCAGCACCCAGAGACACCUGUUUACCUGGGAGCUACAGCAGGCAUGCGGUUGCUCAGGAUGGAAAAUGAAGCUAUUGCAGAUAAGAUCCUGGAUGUGAUAUCGACAACCCUCAGCAGCUACCCUUUCGACUUCCAGGGUGCCCGGAUCAUCACUGGCCAAGAGGAAGGUGCUUAUGGCUGGAUUACUAUCAAUUAUCUUAUGGAAAAAUUCAUUAAGAAAUCAAAUUGGUACGGCCUGUUUGCACAGGGAAGCUAUCAACAAGAAACCUAUGGAGCUUUGGACCUUGGGGGAGCCUCUACACAGAUCACUUUUGUGCCCCCCAAAAUGGAACCUGUCGAGUCCCCAGACAACUCUUUGCAGUUUCGCCUCUAUGGCCAGGAUUAUACUAUAUAUACACACAGCUUCUUGUGCUAUGGGAAGGAUCAAGCACUCUGGCAGAAACUGGCCAAGGACAUCGAGGAUACAAGUAACGGAGUCCUCAAAGACCCAUGCUUCCACCUUGGAUAUGAAAGGGUGGUAAAUGUGAGUGACCUUUACAAGACUCCCUGUACCAAGAGAUUUGAGAAGACUCUUCCAUUCCAUGAGUUUCACAUCCAUGGUGUUGGAAACUAUCAGCAAUGCCAUCAAAGUAUCCUACAGCUCUUCAACACCAGUUACUGCCCUUACUCUCGGUGUGCCUUCAAUGGGAUUUUUCUGCCACCACUUCAAGGGGACUUUGGGGCAUUUUCAGCUUUUUACUUUGUGAUGAAUUUUUUAAACUUGACAUCAAAAUCCUCUUUGGAAAAUGUGAAGCAGAAAAUGGAAAGUUUCUGCUCUACACCAUGGGAUGAGAUAAAGAUAUCUUUUGAUGGAGUAAAGGCAAAAUACCUGAGUGAAUACUGCUUUUCUGGCGUCUAUAUCUUGUCCCUCCUUCUGCAAGGCUAUAAUUUCACAGCCAGUUCCUGGAAGAACAUUCAUUUCAUGGGCAAGAUUGAUGACAGUGAUGCUGGAUGGACUUUGGGCUACAUGCUGAACCUAACCAACAUGAUCCCAGCUGAGUACCCAGUUUCCAAGCCUUUCUCACAUUCCACCUACGUCUUCCUCAUGGUUCUCUUCUCCUUGAUCCUGGUUGCAGUGAUCGUCACAGCACUGUUUAUCUUUCACAAGCCUUCGUCCUUCUGGAAGGAAAUGAUAUAACAGAAGCAGUUGAAACCUGGUGGAUGAAGUGGGGAAAAAAAAACUUGCCCAGGGAGCAUUUCCCUCCCCUGUGUGGUAUACAAGGUCAGUCCUGCUCACCAGAGCUGGUCCUGACAAGCAUGAUGCAUCCCAGGGUUUUGUGGAAGCCUUUCCUUGGAGGCAUCCACUGCUCUCUGCCUCUACGACUGCUUGGCCAACACUUCCUUUUUGUGAGCCUCUUCUCCCAGUUAUUACCUUUCUUUUUUUCCACUUUGUGCUUGUGGAGGUGUGACCUGCUGUAUUUCAUGAUCUUUGGUUUAUAAAAAACAAAAACAAAAAUGAUAUUGACUUUCUCAGGAAGAACUGAGAGUCCUGAAUGCCAUGCCUCAAAGUUGAAUGUUAAGAGAAGAAUCCCAGUUCUGGUUCCAUUGUACUGUUAAGAAUCCCCUUUUCUUUCCUGCUUUCUGUUUAACAAAGCUGUACAAUGCCCUUGGAGAGGCCAGACACAAAUCCCAUUCCCAGCCUGCCCUUUGGGUAGGGCAGUUUUCUAGAGUAGGCAAAAUCUGUGCUGAAGCCAAAGAGUUUUGCAAGAAAAUUUAUGUGUUUGUGCAGUUAAUACAAUCCUCAUACCAAUCUGAGACAGGGAUGUGAAUAAAUCACAUUCCUGGGUGAUGCCAAAAUGCUACAGAGUAGAACACUCAGACCAGAGAUUUUUCUUUAAAAAGUAGACACACCUAUAGGCAUUCAGGUAUCAAGGUACACUGCAUAGUAGGUAUAUACAUGUCAGGAAGAAAAACAAUUACAACUCAGGGACAGAAAAAUACAUUCUCCAGUAUAUCUAUUCAGGGUCAUAUUUUUGUUAUGGGGAAAGCACAUAAUGUAAAACUCACCAUUUUAACAUUCAAUUCACUACAACUCAGUGACAUUUAGCACAUUUACAGUGUUCUGGCUGUGAGAAGAGGCUGUUGGCCCCAGCUAGGCUGAAACCUCAAACCUUUUGACUAAUAGUUUUGUUUGAUAACAAAGAUGACACAUUGAUUUUAAAGCCAUGACACAUCUCACUGUCCCAGGGUUAAGUUUGGUGACAGAGAAGUUAUCAGUGUGGAGCGGUGUGCUUUUCCCAGCAUGAUAUCCAAUCUGAAAGUGUUGUCUGGAUGGACUUUACUUACUCCAUGGGAUAUUUUUGUGGGAGAAGUAGCGACUGUGGGCAUUAUUAAGGAAACAUGAAAACAUUCAUUUAAGGACCACUGCAAGUUAGCUGUUGGGAAGAAUUGAAUGAUGAUGUAUAUUCUACCCUUGCCCCACACUGUGUCCCUCUUUGGAUCCGGGCACUGACUAUUUAGCAGAUAGGAGAGGAAAAACUGUCACCAACUAGAAGUGCAAGGUCCCUGUCGUUUGAAUCAUCAAACACAACUUAAUAAAGCUGUGGACAGACAGGAACUUUUCUGUUACAACUGAUUUUGCUGGACCUUGACUGGAAAUGAGAAGCUGAAUUCAGACAGGUUCAAUCCUCUU